ACGGGGAUUUAUAUUAUAUGGAGUCAAGUUAAACGCUCUGUUCUACCAGGGAUUGAAAUUAUGAAUUGUUACUAAUAAUGCACAGAGAAUUGGGUUUUAUUUUUUGGGACCGACAUCAACAGUCCACCUGACUGCGACAGAACGCAGAGUUAGCGCUCAUUAAACCGCCAGCUGAUGAGACACCUUUUCAGCACCGCGGACAGCUCCGUCCUGCACACGGAGCACAUGGCGACGGCUUUAAAAAAGAGAGACCGCAUCACUGCACCGCAGAUUCACCCGCACAGCCCGCGUCACAGCAUGGCGAGCAGACAGUUCUCCCGUCACGGAACCACUCGAGGUCUACAAUGCGGGCCGAAACGUCCGGGAUCCGGUGUCGUGCCCUCGGGCAGGAACUCGACCGCGACCGGCCCGACGCCCGGGAAGCGAGACGACAAAGAAUUGAUGCGCGGCUUGAACGACCGCCUGGCGGGAUUCAUCGAGAAGGUGCACCGCCUGGAGCACCAGAAUCACCUGCUGGAGAGAGAAAUUGGGGAGAUCAGAGGGAAAGCCAAGCCCGCCUCCAUGUUCGAGGAGGAGUACGGAGCGGAGGUCGGGAGAUUGAGACAGCUGGUUCGCGAUAUCACCCAUCAGAAGCACCGGAUCGAACUCGAGCACCGGCAUUUGGAGGAAGACGUGUUCACCUUGCGAGGACAACGUGAACGGGAGGCGCGCGGCCGAUCGGAGGCAGAGAGCGACAUUGUGGUCCUCAAGAGGGACAUCGACGACGCGUAUCGCGCGAAACUCCAGCUGGACAAGAAAGCGCAGGCUCUGGUGGAGGAAAUCCACUUCCUGAAGGAGAACCACGAGGCCGAGGUGUGCGAGAUGUUUGACCAAAUCCAGAAUGCGCAAGUGACCGUGAAGGAGCUGGAGUUGGGAGACCCUGGUGUCACUGCGGCACUGCGGGACCUCCGGGCACAGCUGGAAAGUCAAACCGUGUCCGGCGUCCAGCAGAUGGUAGAGUUUCAGUUUGCGAGAUUAACGGAAGCGGCUGAGAGCAAGAGAGCGGCGUUAAAAGCGACCCAGCGGGAGAUUCAGGAGAACAGGAGGAACCUGCAGGCCAAGGACGUGGAACUGGACUGCGCUAAAGGCACCCAGGAAGCGCUGGAGAAACAACUGCAUGACCUCGAGGACCGCCACGAGGAAGAAAUGAUUCAUUACCAGAACGCAAUCAAAGACCUUGAAAAUGAGCUCAUCAAUUGCAAAUUUGACAUGUCUGGUUACCUGCGGGAAUACCACGACCUGUUGAAUGUGAAGAUCGCUUUGGAUGUGGAAAUAAUGUCCUACAGGAAACUUCUCUGCGGUGAGGAGGCUCGGCUGUCGAUGAUGCCGGACACCCACGUGUCCCUUCCAUACAUCUAUCACCAGUCCCCCGUCUACACCCUGCCCUGCCUCAGCCGGCCGGGAGGCCCGCCCGGGCGGGCUGAGCCCCGGUACAAGUUCGUGGAGGAGAUCAUAACUGAGACCACCAGGGAAAUUGAGAUGUCAGAAUUUGAGGAGACCGGAUCAGAGGAUACAGAGGCGGAAAAAGAUCAGCAGGUGUGUAGCAAAAGAGAGAAAGGGGGCAGUGAGGAAGAGAACGAUAAUAAAGACAAUGGAGAGGAAGAAGGUGAGCAGGUGCCUGAUAGUGAGCAGAAUCAAGUAGCAUCAGGAGUGAAUUUAGUUUUAUUAAGUGAGAGCCUUGAUCACGAAGAAAAUGAGCCACAUCAAAGAGUAGCCGAGAACGCAGAAGCGAACGAAGCUGCAGUGACAAUGGUCACACCUGCGGAGGAUAAACCUUUGAAUGAAACCGAUUUAAAAAAAGCAGACUCAGAGAAAGAGGGUUUCAUCUCAGCUCAAAUGAACAAACCUGAUGACGAGACCUUUUCCAAAGUGUCUCAAGGACCAGACACAACUGCAGAGCGCGGCACUAUUCAAGUGCAAGAUGAGGUUCGUGCUUCAGAGACAGCGGAGAAAACGGCAGAUUUCACAGAAGAGACAGAGAGCACUCUGUCUGUAAAGACAGACCAGAUCUCAGAAAAAGCUCAAGUAUCCUCAAGUGCAACAUCCAAGAGGAAGGAAAAGGAAAGAAGUCAUGCAGACACAAAGGGAAUCAGUAAAUCUGACGCUGUGCAAACUGAGGAUACGGUAGCAAAAGGCGUUCAAGAGGGCAGCAAUAAGAAUCAAGACGAAGCGUCUUUUAAAUCCGAUGUGAAAAGUCUUCCUGAAGCGGCGGAUCAGAAGCCCGACGGCGGGAACGAGACAAGGGACCAGACAACAGACAAUUCAGAAAUCAUUGCGCUGCAUCUGGGUACAGCAAAGAGCAGCCAGGCUCAGGUAUCAGAGUUGUCUGAAGGUUCAGAGAGAAUAACAGAUUUGCAAGAGAAGAAUGAGAAGGUGGACAGUAGCCAGGCAGAGAAAAAGUGAGAGAAAAAGUUUAAAAAAAAAGGGAGGAUAUACAUUUCCACCGUGAGUCAGUUGGCAGGCAAUUAUCAGGGAUAGCAACGCUAAAAAUAGAGAAUGGCUUAACGACUGCUGAUUGCUAAUUCCAAGAAUGAACUGAGCCAAGCAAAGAAGCAGGCGGUCGUUUCUCUUGUGUGACCGUUAUAAAGAGGAGAGCAUGAUUCUUCUGAUGACAAACUGCUUUGCCUUUGGACAUUAAAUGCGAUGCAAUGGUUUUGACUCACCACUUAGAUUAUUGAAUCAUGAAUGUAAAAAUUGUUACUAGCAUUUGCUUUGGUAUGCGAGGAACAAUAAACUAUCAAUCCACAGAAUA